AUGACUAUGUCCGACAUGGAGAUGGACCAGGAGUGGAAGCCCUCGGGCAGAAUCCGGCCGCAGUCGACCAUGGCGCAGGCCUUCUCCACAGCGUUGGACAGUGCUUUCAUGCUCGACAGCGAUGUCAACCACCUUUCCCAGACCAUUGACCAGAAGAAGCAACAGAUGAUGAUCCAGGCCCGUGAACUGGAAGCUCUGCAAGCGCGCAUUCGCGAGGCCGAGGAGCGCCUCCAGGCACAGACUUCCCACUCCUCAUCAGCACCGCAGGAAGAACAAAGUGAGCAGGAUCAAACAACCGGUAAGGAAUGA